AUGGCGUUGAGGGCAUUGGUCGUGGGUGGUACUAGCGGCGUGGGCUUCGGUAUUGCCUGCCGCCUAGCGUCCGAAAACAGCGCCUCAAUGGUGACGAUUGGCGGCCGCACCAAGCCGCAAAACAUCCCUCACCCCAACAUUGAUUUCCGUCCUCUGGACGCGACCUCGAUGAAGCAGAUCAAGCAGUACACCGACGCCUUCAAAUCCUCCCUCCAAUCUCAGAGCCAGACGCUCGACCUCCUCGUCAUGUCCCAGGGCACCAUGACCAUGGCAGGACGGACGGAAACUCCCGAAGGCAUCGACAGCAAGAUGGCGCUCCACUAUUACGGAAAGCAGCUACUGAUCCGCGAACUCCUCCCCGCCAUGAGCGACGAUGCCAAGGUGGUCAUCGUGUACGACGCCGUGUACGGCAACCCGGACAAGAUGGUCUGGGAGGACCUGGGGCUGAAGACGCACUUCAGCCUCUCCAACGCGGCGAACCACUGCAUGGUCAUGAACGAUGCCAUGGUCCAGUAUUUCGCGGCGCGGCAGAAGGGCGACGGAGCGGAGGAGGGCGCCCGCCGGCACUUUGUUCACGCGUGGCCCGGCGGUGUCAACACGGGCCUUUGGAGGGACUUGCCCAUCUACAUGAAGCCUGUCGGCUGGGCGGCCCUGCAGGUUUUCGGCGUCUCUCCGGAAAAGUGCGCGACUCGUCUGCUUGCGGGAACGACGCGCGCGCGGCUGCGGGGCUGA